AUGGAGACACAUCAAGUGAUGCUCCCUACUUCAUCAACUGCUUUUUCAUCUGAUUUUAAUGUUGCUUAUCAUUCUAAUGUUCAUGAGGUUUCAAGAACUGAUCAGGAGAUUAAGCAGCAAAGAUAUGCAUUUCAAACAAGGAGUCCGGUUGAUGUUCUGGACGAUGGGUACCAGUGGAAGAAAUAUGGGAAAAAGAUAGUGAAAAACAAUAAAUUCCCAAGAAGUUACUACAAGUGCUCUCAUCGAGAGUGCAAUGUCAAGAAACAAAUCCAACGCCAUUCCCUAGAUGAACAGAUCGUGGUAACAACCUACGAAGGGACUCAUACACAUCCUGUUGAUAAUUCAGCAGAAAGCUUCGACCAGAUCUUGGGAAACCUAUUCGCAUGUAACUCAAUAAUUAAUGUGUCUCCCACAUUGUAAUAGAAAAUAUGAAGGAAUUAUUAAUGGAACUCAAUCACGUUUAUUCGAAGAAUCUUAAUGUCAUGGAUAAUUGACAUUUCAAAUCAU